AUGAACACUGACACUGAUCUAGGCUCCAAUUCUGGUUUUCAAAAUGAUGCAUCCACUGCUACUAAUAUUGUCAAUGAUCUCAUAGAGGAAAAUCCAAAUUAUCCUAUUAUAAUCACACAGGUGAAAACUAAUCAAAUACCGUUUAUGCCUUCGAUUUUGCAAGAUCAUUUAACUGCGACAAUCAGCAAUGCCACCACUUUUUCGAGCUUUGUACAACAAUCUGAGCUACUACAAAGAAAAUUAGUUUCUAAUGGGCUAAUCGAUUCCAUGCAGCAAUCAAUAGAUGCUGUGCCAAUGACACGAACAAUUCAACCAAAAAUUAUAAAUUCAUUCAUAGAAAAUAACAAAAAUAAUGUACUUGCGCUUCAACCUUAUUAUCAUUUUUCACCGAUAAAAAAAUUCAUGGCCAAGACCGGAUCCAAAAUUGGGAAUGGAGAGGGCGAUGGAUACCUAGAAUUUCAAUUGAGAAACUAUUUUGGUACUGGUGAAAAAUUCAUCUUAGAUUGUAAACGGGGUACCAAGACAAAGUCUUCUAUAUUGUUUCAAUAUAUGCAACCUUUUAAAGUCUGGUACACUUUAAAUAAUUCAUUUUAUUCCAACAAUAGGCAGACUAAUGGUAUCAAUUAUGAGUUCAAGGGUUUAAAAAUGGAACUAGCAACUGCAUACUUGCCGGGGAUGAUUAGAAGCGGCACUGGCCUUGAUGAUAAUAAAACGUUAUGGAACCAUGCUCUAAGUUUCGAUACAUGUUCUAGAAUAACUAGUAAUAUGGUUACUCGUAGAUCAAGCUCACUAUUACAUCAAUGUGGUGAAGAUUGGAAAAAUUCGUUGUGUUAUACUUUGGUAAAUGAUACACGAGAUAAUAUUGUCACGCCUACUAUGGGGUCGUUGUUCAAAGUCAGCACUGAAUGGGAAUUUUUACAAAAAUGGACUAAACAACAGUUUGAGAUAGUGAAAGCUUUUAAAAUUGGGAAAGGGUUUUCUCUUAUUGGCACAAUAAAAUGUGGAAACAUUUUUAAGUUGGAUCCAGAUGUGGUUGUGCCAUAUUAUGACAAAUUUCAACUUGGCGGUGGUAACGAUGUCAGAGGUUUUAAUGUUAUGGGGUUGGGUGAUAAAGAGUGUUCAGAUGCAUGUGGUGGACACGCAUAUCUCACAUAUGGGAUAUCUUUAAUUAGACCUGUAGUAAAAGAUUCUAGCUUUAAGUGGCACUUAUUUACAAAUGGUGGGAAAUUAACUAGUAACGGCAGUGGCAGUUUAAGCAAUUUAUUUAAGGAAUAUUCAACCGCUUGCGGUGUAGGUAUAAUGUUUACACAUCCUGCAGCAAGGUUUGAGUUGAACUUCACUCUGCCUAUUACCAUGCACUCUACGGAUUCGUGUAGAAAGGGGUUUCAAUAUGGUAUUGGUAUGUGUUUCUUAUAA